AUGAUCGUCAAAGUCAGCAAGUCAGUUGCCAUUCUAACAAUUCAACGUAUCACCAAACUGCUGAGGACAAAAGAGGCUACCAGCACACUCGACGUGAAGUCUCUCCCACCUAUUCUUGAGACGGACGAUCCACAGAAGAGGAAGCUUGACAAGUUUUAUCGUGCACCAACACCAGAGAUGAUUGCAUACUUGGAUUUCAGUGUUUCAACCACCGGUGUGCUCUCAGGAGUCAAACUGCACGAAUGGCAGAAAAACAGAAGAGACAGCAGGCUUUACAAGGUAUUUCUACCUCAACGUGACUGCAUGCCUAGAACUCGAAAGGUCCUACGAAAGAGAUUUCGUGUUUGCAGCUGCACGAAAGAAUCAGCCGAACUGGCGGUAAGUACGCGGUCGACAGAAACGCAUGCAUCGCCAAGCUGUAUAGAAGUGGCGAAUGCAUGGAAAACUUCGCCCGGUAGAUCACUGUCAGCUCCGUUGGCCGUUGAUUCGGACGAUGCCGGGCAUUGCCUAGAGGUCGCACUUAUAGCUAUGAAUGAUAGCUGUAGUAGCCGGGCUGACGUCGAGGUCUUUGAUGUACCGGUCAGUCUGGCGGGUGCCGACCUCGGCAAACCUCUUAGUCCUGCCAGUGCAAGUCGCUGGCAGUCGAUUGAUGAUGGUGCGACAGUGACGCGUGAUAUCUAUACAGUUGAAAGUACCGUGCAAUCUACGUGUACCGGUGUACUUGCGCGCGUACAGAUGCAUGAUGUAUCUGAAAGCAUAGCACUUUCAGAGUGUUUGACAUGUAAUAGGCGUACGUGUACAUGUCGUGAUGCGUGUAUGUCUUUGCAUCACGGUGAGUCACCAAAAUCCAAACGGCGACGUCUUGAUCGUGAACGCCAACGACGUCGUCGUGCGAGCAAGAGUGAACUCGAAAGAUCUAAUCGUCUAGAUUGCAAUGCCGAGAAUCAGCGUCGUCGUCGUUCGCGAGAAAGUGGCAUGCAGUCGCACACGACGAAAGCGCGCAAAGUAGAAACUGUUGACGAUCGUCAACUCCGUUUGAAGCUUCAAACAUUGGCACUGCAUGUCGCCAAUAGCCGGGCUCGUGAGAGUGAGGAGAAACGCUCCGCUAGGCUUGAAGCGGUUUCUAGACAGGUCGCUAGAAGACGAGCUUGUGAAACUGACGACGAGCGCGCUGUCGGGCUUCAAACGGUGUCUGCGCGUAGUUCUGCUGAACGAGCUCGUGAAACUGACGAGGAGCGUGCAGUCAGGCUUCAACAGAUGGCUACACGUGUUUCUGGUAGACGAGCUCGUGAAACUGACGAGGUGCGCACUCUCAGGCUACAAGCCAUGGCUACACGUGAUUCCGAUAGACGAACUCAUGAAACUGACGAGGAGCGCAAUCUCAGGCUUCAAGCGAUGUCUGCACGUGUUUCUGACAGGCGAGCUCUUGAAAUAGACGAGGAGCGUGCCGCUACGCUCCGAGCACUCGCUGAACAGAUCUCUACUAGACGAGCCCAUGAGACAGUAGAAAAAACUAGCGAACGUAAAGCAUACAUGUCUCACCAAAAAGCUAAGCGACGAUCAGUAGAGACUGAUAUUGAACGCUCGGCGAGACUAAAGCAAGAUGCCGCUAGCAAGGCAAACAAUCGCGUUUGUGAAUCGCACGAGCAAACGGAAGUGCGUCGAAGUCGUGACAUUGCACGUCACAAUCGCAAGCACAGACGCGAUAGCACAGCCGCGGUACCGUGUACUGAUGAUAUCGCCGGUAUCGGUACAAAAGCAGACUCUUCUUGGCGUAGUUGGAACACGAACGCCUUCAAGCAGAAGGUACAAGCAAAUUUGGUUCGCUUUCAUCGCGAAAUUUCUACGUUGCAUUUCUCGGAAUGUGACGUUUGUCGUGAGGCGUGGCCUUCGAUGAAAAGAGACAAGGGCCUUCCUAAAUUGUUCUCUAUCGAGAACAACGCGAUACCGGGGCCAGUACCAGAAUGUCUCGCUCGGUUGUUGUAUGGAUACAAAGGGCACGUUAUCUGUCUACCGCAAGACGUUCAGUCUGUAGCUACCGCGUUGCCACGUACUGGGCGGUCGGUAGGUGUGGUCGUCAUCAGGCGAAAGGGUAAGUCUGGUGGUCAUCGAGAUUUGCGCGUCAGACGUGCUGUAGUAUUGGAAGCUCUUCGUUGGCUCAUACGCAAUAACCGUUACUAUUCUAACGUAACGAUAGACUACGACGUCGUAGACGAGUUGCCAGAAGACGGUACGUUGUCCGACUUGCAAGUGAUUGAGGACGAUGACCUAGCCAGACUAGAACCAGAGGAUGACGCUAACGUAGACGAGCAAUCUCAGCAAGAAGGCUCGUCUGAUGAUGAGGACUUACCACUGCAGCGAACAGUGCUUCCUCGGCUAGGUACGGGUAAGUGUGAGAACGAUAUCAUUCGCGAUUCGGUGAACGAAGGUGCCCGCACGUGUAGUGCACGUGUCGCGCAUGCGCAGUCGGUCGUAUCUGAUCAGAUUGUAAAGAAUGAUCAGGCGAUGGCUACUGUCGUCGAUUGGCCCGCUAUUACCAAUCAGUUGAUCGACGAGUUUAAUUCGGAAGGUUACUGGAGCAGAGCGUUUCCUACUCUGUUUCCGACGGGUGCCGGUGAGUAUCUGGCGCCGAGACAGCGACGGCUAACGCUCGGUCAGUACUCGAAGCAUCUCAUUCGCUAUCGUGACGGACGGUUUGCGCAGCAUCCCAGAUUUCGUUACUUUGCACUGAACACCAUGAUGAGAUGGCGAGCUCUCGAGACAGGCCGUGUGUUUGUCAAACAGAGAAUUGGUGAAAACCAUCUGAGCGUGGAAGAACCGAAGGAGAUGGUUAAUCGAGGUGACACUUCGUUUGCAUCUCGAGUAAUGAGGUUUAGUAGUUCUUUGCAUGGAACUAGGCAGUACUGGUGUACUCAAAGACUAAACCUAGCGGCCAUGCAAGAGGCACUAGGCAUGCCAACUAUAUUCUUUACGCUUAGUGCUGCUGAUACUCAGUGGCCAGAGCUUCAGGAUUUGAUGCGUCACUAUCGGCCAAACACUAACCAAGACAAGCCCAGUGAAAGCAUAAAGGCGGUCAUUCAAAAUCCUCAUUUGACCGAUUGGUUCUUUUUGCACAGAGCAGAAAAAUUUAUGCGAUACUUUUUGCAAAACAGUCUUGGUGCUGUAGAUUUCUGGGCAAGCAUUGAGUAUCAGCACAGAGGGAGUUCUCAUUUGCAUGGUGUGGCAUGGCUGGCUGAUGCUCCACAUUCUGAUAAGAUAAGUUCAGAGUGGGCAUGCAUGCACAGAGCAUCCGAGUCGGGCGAAGCCGAAGCCACUAGCGAACAAAUGAGAAGGGCAGAGGACAUUGCACAGGAGGUGUAUGACUUUGCUGAUGCCCUGGUAACUACGUGGAAUCCCACGUUGAAUGAAACGGGGAGGGUCACAUGCCUCGAGCAGAAAUGCACCCCUGUCACAAACGACAUGGAGAUGUGA